AUGGCCAUCGCCCGCCAGACCUCGCCCUUCGACCAUUCACCCUCUCCCCAACCACAGCCCCUCACGAAACGCGACGUAAGACGCAAUCGCAUCAUGGAGAAACUACAGGGCAUGGUCAACAGCUUCUCUGCGAAUCAGCACAAUCACUACAGAGCACAGUUACAAGGUGUACAGGUUGAUAUGACUUUGGUUCUUCGUGCGGACCCGUACAGAGACGGACCGCUUGACGACGGUCAUGACGAGAUACAAGCACUGGCAGAGGAUGUCAUGGCGGGGGAUGCGAAUGGGAAUGGAGGCGUCAGUCUACCCAACGACGAAGCUGCGCGACAAGACUAUUGGAGCAUAGCUGGGAAGCGGUACAGCGAGUUCGUCAGGAACAUCAACGACGCCAUUGAAGAGAGAGACGCCGAUCUGGCACAGCUGAAUGUGAGUCCCAGGUCUGUCGAGCACACGUGCCAUUCAGCUCUAAUGCAUGCGGUUUAGCAUAAUUACAAAUCGUCCAUGAAAGAACUUGACGACUUGUACCAGCAGCGACUGCACCAAGCCGAAGAAGAGCACAAAGCACUGACCAACACGAUCCGAUCACGUCUAAUAUCAAACUUGAAUAAGAAGAAGACACAGCUGCUUCGUGACAAAGAGCAGCUCGAUAUCUCCGACAGCAACGCCAUGCUUCUCCACCCGAAUCACUUCAGCAUUCGCAACAACCCAGGCUCGCCAAGCCAGAACGGUGCUGGCAUUAGCAAGAGGACGCGGCAUCUCAGGCAUAAUCGCGGUGCAAGUCCUGCGCCGGCUGGAGCAGAGGCGGGCGAAGGAGGGAAGAGGAAGCGCAAAUUGGCACAAAUGGAAGACGACCAAGGCAAUGAGUCGCCUCUGCCGCACCUCGCGGGUGGUCGAAGUCCCUUCAAAGACGCCAGAGGCCAAAGAGAAUAUGCACAAUUCGAAGCCCCUGCGUACAGCAUCGAGAGGCUAUUCACAGAGAAAGAGCUCGCCAUGGCGACAGAUACAGCGCGAGUCGCUACAUGGAAAUACUUCCAUCAACCGAAGGAACAGCAAGAGCAGAGUUCCAAUGGCAACGGCACAGCUGUGCCUUCACUGGACGGAGAGGUGGUGGAGUCAGCAGAAGUUGUGCCUGCGGACGAGCAAAUGACGGAUGCGACUGCCCCAGUGAAUGGCGCAGAUACGCCUCCGCCUUCAGAACCAUCCGCUGCUGCACCUGGUAUGGAGCGCAGUGCUUCACAUCAGGUGCUGACGCGCGGAGGAGCACGGAACAAUCCGCUGGCUGCGUUGGAUCAAUUGGCGGCAGCAGCAGCUUCGUCGACUUCGCCGGUCGUGAAGCGUCAUCCUUUCGUACCAGUUGCUCCAGGCCAUCCGCAUAUCCAUGCAACCAUGCGGAGCGAGAAAAUGGGAGCUCCAGCGCCUCCACCCGUCGGUAAUUUGGAUAUUGAAAGCGACUUUAACAUGAUAAGGGACGCCGGAGCUGAUGCCGAUGAGCACGCGAGCAUAGAUCCGGAAGGUGCACAGAAGGCGCGGGAUCUACGUCGAGACCUCUAUCAUCAAGCGCUGGACAGUGGAUCGGGUGUUCAAGCGCCUUAUCGGCUACCACAACUUGAGACUGGUCCUGGAGCGUUACUUGGCCGUGGCGUGGAUAGAGAGCCACGCACGGGCUUCGCGCCUGUCUUGCCGGUAGUUGCGCAUAUCCAGAGUCGCUCUCACGUCACGGGCACUGUACCAGCAGGAAUCAGCAUGGCAGCUGCAUUGAGCGGAAGACUUGGAGGUGAGCCAAUGAGCCGCACCACAAGCGCGGGAGGUGCGAGUGAGACGGGCGAAGGUAGAAGAGGUCGAGGCAGAGGCCAAUGA